AUGGGAGCCGGGCUUCGACCCUUUCAACGACACUACGGAGAAGGUGCUGGUUUGGUAAGAGUACCUAGUCUACCUGCUGAAUACUUUGAUAUUAUUUUUCUUAGGAAGCUUGGAAAUCGCAUCGGGCGGAAGGUUCGGGUCGAUCAGGCCACAAGCCUGGUGUCUCGCGGCAUGUUUUCCCAAAUAUGUGUUGAGAUCGACAUGAGAAAGCCCUUGAUAUCGAAGUUCACGUACGAAGGAAAAGUUAGGCACGUCGCGUAUGAAGGUAUGCACAUGGUGUACUUCUCCUGUUGGUUCUAUGGACACGCAAAGGAUGCAUGCCCGUCUUUGAGAAGGCUAGAGGAUGACCGAGGUGAUGGCAUGGCUGACGCCGCAGUGGCGGAGCAUUACGGGGUGCGUCCUGGCAAUACAGAGAUCAUGGACCCCAAGAUCCUGUAUGGAGCGUGGAUGAUCGCACCAGUGCGACGGGGAAGGCCAACAUCGAAGCCAGCGGAACGCACACAUCGUCAGGCCAAAGUGACAGAGGCAGAGUCCGCAAUGGGGUGA